UGUUUCAAUGAGGACCCCUCCAGUCAGAUGUUUAUUUUGCUUUUUACAGUGAAGUGUUUCGUUUAUGAGAGCUGAACAUGACCUCUUAUUACGUCCUACAUUGUAUUUAAAAACAUGUAGUCUUACCGAAGGGUCAUAUCAACCUUCGGUAUAGCUGUCAUUCAGCAUUGAUCACUUUUUACGGGGACACUUUCCCAUCUUCUGUGACGUUAGAUCAGACGUUAACACCAGCCUCUCAAAUGGCAGACGAAGCACUUUUCCAGUUUCUGCACAGUGAAUUAAUACAGUACAUUUAUAAAUCUGGUGCAAAUGGAGAGACGGAGAAUGGUAAAAACAUCACCAAAUUGGAAGCAAUGGGAUUCAGGGUCGGGCAAGGACUCAUAGAGAGGUUCACCAAAGAAACGCCACGCUUUAAAGACGAGCUGGACGUUAUGAAAUUCAUCUGCAAGGACUUCUGGACUUGUUUAUUCAAAAAGCAAAUUGAUAACCUCAGAACCAACCACCAAGGGAUCUACGUACUACAAGACAAUAGCUUCCGAUUACUCAGUCAGCUGUCAGCUGGGAAGCAGUAUUUGGAACAUGCCCCCAAGUAUUUGGCGUUCACCUGUGGUCUGGUGAGGGGGGGGCUGUCCGACCUUGGAUUGAAGAGUGUGGUCACAGCCGAGGUGGCUGGCAUGCCUGCAUGUAAGUUCCAGGUUAUGAUCCAGAAGGCGUAGCGUCCACAGAAGAAGCAGCAUCGAUGUCCACAACAGAGCCUCACCCUGCCUAUACAACCUCACUGUGUCCAUCUGCAUGCAGGGUCCUCACUAACAGCCAUUACUAAGGCAGCAACAUACUUUAAACUAGCUUGCCUGUAGCUACACCCAGCUAACCCCCCCACCACCCCUCCCUCCUACUGGGGUUUCAUGUCGUAGCUUGUUUUAAUGCUAACGAAGAGUAAUUGCAAUGUCCAACCCGGAAAUCAGAGUAAUUUGCACCUAAUCUUUUCUUUUUCAAGAUGUGUCAUUUUGUUUUUAAGAUGUUGAUUUAGACUAAUAGUUAUCACAAUUAAUUAAUGAAGCGAGUUAAUUGUACAAAAUAUACCGCUUACGUAUGCAAGUAUUCAUGUUGGAACAAUGCUUUAUAAAUGAACUCAAUAUUAGCUUAACGCUUCAAAGUUGCAGUUAUUCUCUAAAGGGCCACGAAAGUAUUUAAUCCAGGUGGAAGAACGGAGAGAGUGGGAUGCCAACAGUGGGAUGCCAAGUCGCCAACCACUGUUCCCUCUAAGUUCCUCCACCUCUAAGAGUAUUGAUUGGAAAAUGUUUUAUGUGACCUUCAUGAAUGAAUAUGAUUUAUGCUUUCUUGAGCAUCACUGCACAAAGGUAACAGAGAAAUUAAAUUAAUAUACAAAUACACUGACUAAAAUGUAUGUUAUUUCG